AUGGAAACCAUUCGUCCGCCGCACUACUUGGAACAGGUUUUUUUCAUUUAGAUUAUUUGAGUCUGACUGGGAAUUUUUUUUAGUGGUCACUAUAGGGUUUUGACGUGUUAGUGGUCACUAUAGUAGUCAAAUUAGUGGCCGCUUGGGGGGUUAAAAAUUAGUGGCCACUAUAGAGGUCUAAGUGCUACUACUAGAUAAUAAAAAAAUUUUAGUGGCUACUUUAGGGGUCAAUGGAUCAACAUAACUGGUCCAAUAGCUUUGGUUUAAAAUUAUCAGAGCUACUGGAAGGAGCCCUGGAUGAAAAACUACUAAAAUGGCCACUAAAACGGAAAAUAGUGACCACUAUAGUCUAUAGAGGUGGGUUUAGUCGCCUCUAGAAAAGCCGGUCUAGAGUUACUAUGUCAGAAUUUUUCAAAAACCUUAAAACUAUUUUUUUUUUCUCUAUUUUUUCAUCAAAGUUGAUUUUCCAGCAACCCAACUACCGUGAGCAAAACGUCGAAAUUCGAAAAAAGAAUUUGGAACUUCGAGAGGAGAUUUUGAAGAGGAGAUCCACAGAUGUGGAGCUGCGCGAAAAGGUUAGAAAUUUGAAAAACCUUUUUGUUUUUUUGUUGCCUUUCCUCCUUUUCAUUUUUUCACAGUUUGAAUUUUUCCAAAUAUUUAUCCCUUCUUUAAAAAUUUCAACUGUACUUAUCUUGUAUUGAUUUCAAUCCCUUCUUCUAACCGAAACGCUUUGAGCCAUUCCAAAUGCGACCAAAAUGAAGCAACUACGAUCCCCAUGGCCGCAUUCGGAAUGGCUCACGCUUGCAAAGCUGCCUGUUGAUAAGGUUGUAGGAACCGAAAAAAAAUUUGUGAAAGCUACCAAAUUUGAAGACGAACCUGUUGAGCUCUCAUCCAUUCCAAAUGCGAGCAAAACUUUUCCUUUGAAGGUCUACCAGCAACAGCUGCGUCCAAAAGCAUGGAAAGUGGUCCGGUCGAAGGUGAAAGCGAUGGCCGGCUGGCCGGAAGGUCGUGAGAUGACGUCCUUCACGUCAACCAUCUUCAACAUCUUGAAGGCGUCGUUCAUUGUGAUCUACGCGGCGGCGUUGCUCGGCCUGGCCUGCCACGGGGCCUUCAUCGUCGUCGUCUACGACAAGACGGAGCAUUUGUGGCUGUUCGUGCUUGCCAUGGCCGGUUGUUACGGCUUCUACGACUUCUGGAAGGCGAGGGAGAGAUACUGGAAUGACGUCGGGUCCAACUGGAACGUCCGGCCGGAAGUCCUCCUCGACCAGGCCGAAGAGAGAGCCAUCGCUUCUCGGGAGCGCGAACUUGCCGAACAUGCUGUUUGA